UGCCGGGGAAUCUAGGGUGUUACAAGGACCAUGGAGAGCCACCACCUUUGACUGGCACCAGCGAGACUUCCAAUAAACUUACUAUCCAAACAUGCAUCAGUUCCUGCCGAAGUCAACAAUUUAAGUUUGCAGGCAUGGAAUCAGGUUAUGCUUGUUUCUGUGGAAAUAAUCCUGACUACUGGAGAUAUGGGGAGGCAGCCAGUACGGAAUGCAACAGUGUUUGCUUUGGAGACCAUACUCAGCCUUGCGGUGGGGAUGGCAGAGUCAUUCUUUUUGACACCCUUAUUGGUGCCUGUGGAGGGAAUUACACCUCUGCUACAGCUGUGAUCUAUUCCCCAGAUUUUCCCGAUACAUACGGCACAGGCAAAGUCUGUUACUGGACCAUACAAGUUCCAGGAGCAUCUCGAAUCCACUUUAGCUUUGCCCUUUUUGAAAUCAAAGAUGCUACAGAUAUGGUGGAAUUGCUGGAUGGCUAUACCUAUCAUGUUCUAGCUCGUUUUGAUGGCAAGAACCGGCCUCCCCACACCUUUAUCAUCUCUUUGGAUUUUGUAAUUUUGUACUUUUUCUCAGAUGAAAUCAAUCAAGCCCAGGGAUUUGCUAUCAGAUACAAAGCUGUGAAGGACAAUGUGCAUCAAAACAAGAUUCCAGUGAAUCAGACCCUCUCAGAGAAGAUAAAUGAACAAACAAAUCUCAGCAUCAAUGCAGCCCGGUCAUCAAAGAUACUUUAUGUCAUCACAACCAGCCCAAGUCAUCCUAAUAGCUCCAUGCCUG